UAAAAUAUUUAUUUAUUAUAAAAAUAUUGUUUUUUUUUCCACGGAAAAAACCAAAAUUAUUUUCUGAACAACCCAAUAAACUCAAUGAAUAACUUUUAUAAGCAGAACAAAAAACCUUUAAUCAUUUAUGUUUUUGACCACUUCUAAUGACCUUCUUCAAUGGCCAAAAAUAUUGAUGAUUAAAAGUUUUUUUGUGCUACUUAUAAAGGUUGAUUUUUUUCAAAAUUAUAGUUUUAUCUGCUAAUCAUUGACAUAACAAAAUUUCUUAUCUUAUGGUGAUCAAGACUAUGACUAGUGUGUCUUACUUCCAACUACAAGUUUGCUGGACCAAUUGGUAUUGAUAUCCAUAUAUGGGACAGUUAUAUAACUUCCAAUUAUGAAGUCUGAUCUGGCAAAAGCAUCCCAAUUUCCUGUAUGUACCUCACUAGAGGACCUAGCAAAACCAGAGGAGCAAAAAGUUUCUAGCAAAGUUGUUUUUUAAGCUUCUAGAAUCUAGGUCUGCAUGGGGCUUUUGUAUCACAUACUAGUCAUGUCUGCAAGACAAUCAACAGUACUCCACAAAUUCUUUUCUACAACAGGGACACAGUGGUGACUCUCCCAAACAACGAGCAAACAAACCUUCAUAAAAAAGUUGUCCCUAUGUAAAGUCAUAGUAACAAGAUAUUGAUCAGGCAAAAAUCAUCUCUAAAAAGCCAAUCACAGUCAAUAUGAUUGAAUUAAAGUCUUAUAACCUCAUUCAAAACAGUCCCUAACUGGCUGUUCUCCAACUGAUUCUCUUUUGCACAACCAAUCCCCUGAGAACGGCUGCCCAGUCUAUCCACUUGUUUAUUCAAACUCCACAGUGUUCUGGUAUCAAAACCACUUUGAGUGACAAGCCAUAGCUACAUUCAGCUGUGAAAAAUGGAUAUGGUGACAUUAUGCUCUUUGCAGAACAAGCCAUGACCCUCAAGAGUGCCUUCAGAAUGGAUAAGAUGUCCAAGAAAUAGACCAUUGGCCUGCCCAAGUAUGUGAUGGGGCAAAAGUUUAUGUGCUGGUAACAAGACCAACACCUCUUCAGUAAAAAUGGAACAUUCUUCAUGUACUAGUAGGGUCUGUGAGAAGUCCUCUCCCAGGAAUCUGAUUUUUAUAGCACCAGAGUCUUUGAUAUGUCUUGGGUAGUGUUGCAAUGGCAACACUCACCCAAGAUGACCAUUUCUUAGCUCAAGCCCAAAAAAGCCAUUGCCACAUUCAUUGUUAAUGUGUUGUCUCUCUAGAAAGGAAAAAUCAUGAUUUUAACUAUAUAUCCUUGGCCUUAGCCUUUGAAUCCAUGUGUUCAGGCAACUAGCAAAGAAGGCAUCUGAAGCAAAUGAGAAAUUAGAAGGUAGCCUUCUUUUUCUUUGUCCAAAUCUAGGUUGUGUAGAAUUAUCCAAUAACUGUGUAAUAAUAAAAAUCUGUGACAUGAUCAUAGUCAUGGCCUAAGGGAGUCUGUUCUGUCAAGACCAUCUAGCAAAGAACAAAUGGGGUUGAUUUGAUGCACCACCCAAAGAAAUGGUCAAGUAUAAUUCAGAAAUGGUCAUUUUAGCAGAGUUGAUCAUGAGGAAUAUUGAACUCAAGGUUUUUAGCUUUCUCCUCACGAUAGCAUAUCCACUGUUAUACCUUAGAUACACUGAUGAUAUUCUAGUAGCUUGGCAGGAUACCCAUGAAGAUUUCCUCGCCCUCAAAGAUUUUCUCAUGACCAUUUAUCCCACAAUUAAUCUUACCUGGGAAAAAGACAAUGAAAGGGAAAUCGCAUUUUUAGAUCUAAAAAUUACUAAAUUCCAGGAUACUAGAGUAUACUUGGUAUUCCAUAAAUUCAGUGGGGUUCCUCCCCUAAUCCCUGCUACAGCAUACCAGCCGCAACAUUACAUCAAUGCGGCAAUUGCCCCUUUAAUCAGAAGGGCCUUUCUAUCUUCCAGCCAAGCUGCUAUUGUUACUGAGCUUAAUGUUAUUCUCUCUGCGGUAAAUGAGGCGGGCUAUACUAAUGCCAAGUUUAUGUACAUCUCUGGACAAUGUUACAUACAUACCUUAAAUAAGGUAAAAAGAUCGCUUUUUUUCGCUACUACACUACAUCUCCCAAAAGAACCUACAAUAGUCCUUCCUGCGUUACCAUUCUGUGGUCAUGUCACUAUCUGUAUUUGCCGUAUUUUUAGGCGACAUGUGCUUUUUCUGCCAGUUUCUCCAUGGCCAAAUCUUAGGAGGUUGCUAGCCAAUGACAGAGAUCCUACUUCCAUACUAGAAAGAUCUGGGGUUUAUUCUAUCCCACUGGAAAAUAUGUCGGGUGGUUGCAUCCAAUAUAUUGGCGCGACAACCAGAAUGUUGUCUUAUUGUAUUUUGGAACAUCAAUGUUCCAUCAGGGCAGGCAAGAGUGAAACUGAGCUCGCUAGAAUGGUAUUGCAACACCAACACACCCCGUUGUGGAGCCAGGUGGUGAUACUAAGGCAUUGUAAUAACAGAAACCUCGUGUAUAUUUGGGAGGCCCUCCUUAUCAAUGUACUAAAUCUGUGCAACACCCCCACACUUGAUUUCCCCCUUUGUGGGUCACUUGUAUAACUGCCUAAGACAACUUAUCUAGCUCCACGGUUUAGAGACUUUUAGCACAUGCGUAUUAUAGCCGCGCAUGUUUUUAUUUAAAUUGUUCUCUUAUGUUCCACCACUGCUUUUGUUUCAAAAUGUUAAUACCGUUGGACUAAUUUGAUAUUCAUACUCAAAAAAGAAAGAACUUUAACCAUUUUUAAUGACUUGACAAAGACAAAAAUAAAUAUCAUCGAAAGCGCUUGUUGAUCUAGCGACACUCAUUUGUAUAUGUUAAGAUGUUUCUCCUAGAAAUGGUCAAGACUUGCCACUGUCAUAAACUCAAGGGUUCUUUAUUUUCAGAAUCACUAUUUUUCAAAUUUAAAUGUCUUUGUGUCCUUAAUUUAUUAAUUUAAACUUAAAACAUCAACUAGGACUUGCAGAACCAGUUAUCCAGUAUAAUAAGUCCUAGUAAUAGAUAAGUCCUAGUUGAAGUUUUAAGUUUAAAUUCUCUAUUUUUCAGUUCUACAGGAAUUCCUUGUUCAGCCAGUUUUUGAAGGUCAUUGUUGGUAAGGCUUUCACCAGAAACCUGCUGUAACUCCUCAAUAUCCUACUCGUCUACAUCUCCCAGUCCUGCUGUAUCAAUUAGGUUGAUAAUUUGAUCAACCUAACAAUACAGUGAUAGGCUAUUCUCGUUGAGAAUUCUUGGAUAUCUUCAGCCAUAACUUCUUCCACACGUUCGUGCAUUUAUCGGUUAAUUCUUGCCAAGUGAAGCCGAUAUUUCCUAUGGCAUCCAUGAUGUUAUAUUUUUUCCAAAAUUACACCAAACAACCAAACAAACAGAUAACAUAAAGGGAAAUGUAGCGCUACAACAAAUUGCCAUUUUUUGCUGAUUGGUUCGUGUUUGGAAAUAAUCGUAUUAUAUGCGAAGCAACGAAAUUCCACGAUAAUUUGAAUCAGUGUAAAUUUUGAGCUUUUUUAGGCUUCGAGAAGAUCGCAUUAUAUUGAAUCAGCGUUAAGUGGGGUCUUACUGUACUAUCAAAGUAAUUUGUACAAAAGUAAAGGAAAUUUUAAUUAUCAAGUUACUGAAAGGUCUUUAAAAUGUUUCAGUAUCCCUUAAGACAAGUUCAAUGUUACUUGAAAACAUUAAUGACUGUGUUUUCAGGUGAAAUUUGUUCCUAAGAAACAAAAAGUUUUUGGAAGAAUUUUUGUGUGAAAUAACUAACACCAGUCCAUAAAUUUUAAAUUAUUUUAAUUUAGUAAAUGUUAAAAUGAUGUUGAUGAUAUCACUUUUAACAAACUUUUUAAAAUGUGGCAUUGUAGAUUAUUAUGAAAAUUUAUUUAAAUAACUGAAAAGCUUAAAUUGUGGCAGUGUAGAUUUAUUAUUUGUAUUACAGCUAUAUAUAUGAACUCACUAAUGAUAAAGUUGAUAACUAAGGAAGUACAAUUUUCUGCAGGAUGUUGUCAUCAAAUACUAUUAAUGGCUUAAAUGAUACUCUUCAAUUUCAUUUACAGAGAUUUUUUAAUGUGUUUAUAUAUUGUAAGUUAAUCAGUUCAUCUUAUUGAAAGAUAAAUUCUUCAAUGAAUAUGAUCAAAUAUUUAAAGUUAUUAAUAUUGGAUAUUUUUAUUUUUCAAUACAGAUUUAUCUCUCUUGAUAAUUGAAAUUUUUAAGAUAGUAAAUGUUCUUCUAGGAGUCUUACAUUUUAAUUAAUUUAAUUUAAUUUAAUACUUUUGAGGAACUAAUUUUACCUUUUUAGGAUAUGCUGGGUGAUCAAAUAAGAAGUUUACUUUUGAGGAGUACACUUAACAACACUGAGUUGCUUGCUUGUUAUUGCUGUUUCAUGUGAGAAACACUUAAAUCUUAAACAUCUAUUUACUGAGGACUUUAGGAAUAGCAUUUUAAAUUUCUUGUUGGCAUUGUCAAGUCAAUUCCUGACAAACAAUGUUUUUGUUUGAUUAUCCUGCAUGUAUCAUUUUGCUUGCUCUUUAAUACAAAUUAUUGACUUAAUACAGAAUUUUAACUUUUCUCAUUGGUUUUCAAUAUUUCUAACUCAUUUAACAAAUCCAAGUUUGGUUUGUUAUGUAUGCAUUAACUUAUAUACUAAACUUUGCAUGCAUUAAUUUAAAAACUUUGUUGGUAUUUUAUGAAA